ACGCUGCCCGGUGGGGGCGGGGCGCCGGGCUGCCUGGGGGAUGCGCGAGCAGAGGCGGCAGCGGCGGCAGCGGCGGCGGGGCGGGCGGUGGCGGCCCCGGUGAUCCCGGAGCGGGGUCGGGGGCACGGGCGACCGUCGCCAUGCUGAGCCGCAGCUCGUUCACCAGCCUGGUGGUGGGGGUGUUCGCCGUGUACGUGGCGCACACGUGCUGGGUGAUGUACGGCAUCGUCUACACGCGGCCCUGCCCGGCGGCGGCGGCAGCGGCAGCGGGGGGCAGCGGCAGCGGUGGCGGUGCCCUCCCGGCCGGGUGUGUCUGGCCCUACCUAGCGCGACGGCCCAAGCUGCAGUUAAGCGUCUAUACUACCACACGGUCAAACAUUGGUUCUGAGAGUAAUACAGAUCUGGUUUUGAAUGUGGAGGAUUUUGAUAUCGAGUCCAAAUUUGAAAGAACAGUGAAUGUCUCUGUACCAAAGAAAACCCGAAAUAAUGGCACAUUAUAUGCAUAUAUAUUUCUUCAUCAUGCUGGCAUGUUGCCUUGGCAUGAUGGUAAGCAGGUGCAUAUAGUAAGCCCUCUGACCACAUACAUGGUCCCUAAACCAGAGGAGAUUAAUUUGCUCACUGGAGAAUCAACCACACAGCAAAUUGAAGCAGAAAAACAGACCAAUGCUCUAGAUGAACCUGUCUCUCACUGGAGGUCAAGAUUAACCUUAAAUGUCAUGGUGGAAGACUUUGUCUUUGAUGGAUCAUCUCUCCCUGCUGAUGUUCACCGUUACAUGAAGAUGGUUCAGUUGGGGAAGACAGUGCAUUACCUUCCAAUAUUAUUUAUUGAUCAGCUAAGCAACAGAGUGAAAGAUUUGAUGGUUAUAAAUCGUUCAACAACAGAGCUUCCUCUUACAGUGUCAUAUGACAAAAUAUCUCUUGGAAAACUCCGAUUUUGGAUCCACAUGCAAGAUGCUGUGUACUCUCUCCAACAAUUUGGGUUUUCAGAAAAGGAUGCAGAUGAAGUGAAAGGAAUUUUUGUUGAUACAAACCUGUACUUUCUGGCUUUGACAUUCUUCGUAGCAGCAUUCCAUCUUCUCUUUGAUUUCCUUGCAUUCAAAAAUGACAUCAGUUUUUGGAAGAAAAAGAGGAGCAUGAUUGGGAUGUCUACAAAGGCAGUGCUUUGGCGGUGCUUCAGUACUGUGGUAAUAUUUCUUUUCCUUUUGGAUGAACAAACAAGUUUGUUGGUACUGAUCCCAGCAGGCAUUGGUGCAGUCAUUGAGCUCUGGAAAGUGAAGAAAGCUUUGAAAAUGACAAUCAAGUGGCAAGGCUUGAGACCCAGAAUUCAGUUUGGUACAUACAAUGACUCUGAAAAGAAAACUGAGGAGUAUGAUACCCAGGCUAUGAAAUACUUGUCAUAUUUGCUCUAUCCAUUGUGUAUUGGAGGUGCAGGUUACUCUUUGCUGAAUGUCAAAUACAAAAGCUGGUACUCCUGGCUGAUCAACAGUUUUGUCAAUGGUGUGUAUGCUUUUGGAUUCCUGUUUAUGCUGCCCCAGCUGUUUGUAAACUACAAGAUGAAAUCUGUUGCACACUUACCAUGGAAGGCUUUCACGUACAAAGCAUUCAACACCUUUAUUGAUGAUAUAUUUGCUUUUAUCAUAACUAUGCCAACAUCUCAUAGGCUGGCGUGCUUUAGAGAUGAUGUCGUGUUCCUGGUCUAUCUCUACCAAAGAUGGCUUUAUCCUGUGGAUAAGAGCAGAGUGAACGAGUAUGGAGAAUCUUAUGAAGAAAAGCCAAAAAAAAAAGCUCAUAGAGAAUAACUAAGAAUUGCAGAAGAUUCUGACCCCUGGACUCGUACUGGCUUUGUGUAUUAUUUGAUCUUAAAGAAGCAAAAACUUAUUUAAUAAGAGUAUUUUUAAAGCUUAUGACAGAACUACACGGACAAUGCAUCUUCUAUAUUGCCAAAAUCUAGUUUUGAUAUCCUCCCUUCUGUCUCAAGAUUUUCUUCUCUCCUCACAAAGUCUGACAGAUCUUAUUAAUGAACUUCCUGCAUUUGAACUUCUCUUCAGUGAAAACCUAAGUGUCCUGACUGUUGAAACUGGUAUCCCAAUCUACAUUUUUAAGACAAGUCUAACAGGAAGAGUGGUGCCCAUGCCACUAGGCUGUGAAAAGCCAGUGUGUUACAGCAGAAUUGAUUGUUAUUGACAAACAGGGCUGCCAAAAAGAAAAUGUUAUAAUAUCGGACUAUAUGCUAAUUACAAAUAGUUCUCCUUUGAUAAUGGAGAUAAUGGAAAUCCUAAAAAUAAUUAUUAUUGAAGUUGUAAUUUGUGGGCAUUUAAGUCUGUAGUUUAAAACAAAAAACAUUGUUGAAAAUACACAGAGAAGUGAAGUUGUUAAAAUUCAAAUUCUGCCAUGUUCUUAAACCACUACAUGGCAGAGGGUUUCAGUUGUCUUAAACUGAAGGAAGAUGUGAAAAAAAUGUAACAUGGUAUCUUUGAAUAUGUAUCCAAGUUUAUAUAAAUCCUUCUGCAUUGUUGACAAACCUGAUUUCUUGACACAGUAGGUAUUCAUAUAAUGCAAAUAAAUUUUACAUGCUAGGAAAGUUUUCUAACACAUCUUAAAUUCAUCAUGUGGUGCCCCAGUCACCUACUAGGCCAAUUCUCUUAUGUUUCAAAGGGAGUAAUUCCUUGGUCUUCUCCCUCUUCCUUCAUGCCCCUUUCUUUUUAUAAAACUAAACACACAUCAUUUGAGUGGAAUAAUUUUUCUCAAAUACAAUACAGGUUCAAAUAACUACCUGGAUACAGAGAAGAAAAUGUUGAAGAAAAGGUACCUUCCUUUCACACAAUUUAAAAUCCAUAUUCUUUGUGAGCAGUUCAUUAAGAGAGGCAUUUUGAACUGUUUCUUUCAAAUUGCAAAAAUAAUGAGGUUGAAUUACUAUAUCAAAAUACAAACUUCACAGCUAUGCCUAGAAACCAUGGUUCUAAAUUCUUAAAAGCAAGUUUCUUAGUAAUUAAAAUAAGGAAUGCACUCCUUUUGGUAGCAAAUAAAAUGCAAUUAAAAAUUCAAAAGGCAGAAUUCAAGUUUCCAGUUCUAGGUGUGCUUUGGUUGGUAAGUUUACAAAUUAAUGAUAAUGAUUUAUAGCUUUUGCUAUUAAAUUGGAAGCUGUUUGUCCAAGGCUAUUUAACUUAAUUUCUCAUUGACUGAAAAUACUGAUAACCUUGAAGAACAUGGAUCUACCCAUAUAGCCUGUAACCACUUUAUCCAGUGGAUUUUAUCCAGUUCUGCUACUGCAGAAGUCAGAAUAUACAAAACUGGAGUCCCAAAAAGAUACAGAAAUGUGCCUAACUUUUUACAGUCUGUAGUCUGAAGGCCUCCUUAUGUGCUACUGGCAAUGGAAAAGAGUCUUGAAAUGGAUAUUUAACUCAUAUUAAUGUUAAGGUCUCUUUACACUGUUACCUGGAACUAAGGAGGACUGUUGAUUUUAGCAUUAAACUUGCAUAAAUAAGUCUAUGCAAAACCAGGGUUGCAUUUGCUGUAUCUUGUACCUGUUUUGAAUUUGUUUGGAAGGAGCUCUUUGCUCUCAGGCAAACUAAUUUGGGACUCCUAUUUCAUAAUAAUAGUUAAAUGUGUGGAAAUUUUUUCCUGAUAUAAAUAAUGCAUAUAUCAAAUUCCCUUUUUGUGCCAUUUCAAAACAAUCGAGUUAUUGGUUCUUCUAGAAUAGCUUUUGAAAGUUCAGAACACCAUAUUCAGAUAUUUCUGAUACUCCAUCACUCGUUUUUGUAUGUUGCUAUUGAAAAAUCACUUUGCACCUUUGCAUACUGUGAGUUUAUUGGUCUUCUGUCUUGCAUUUCUGGUGACAAUGACCUUAUAAUACGGUAUACAGUAGUCAUAAAGAAUAUAAAAUUAGAACAUUUUAAGUCUUUAAAAUGAGCAAGACUUUCCUGUAUGUCAUUGUUUUACGCAUUCCAUUUCCAAAUAAAAGAUUUGGCAUACAGGAUAGAGAGUUACCUCUUGUUGAUGGAAAGAUGGUGUAGAGCUAUGUAAUCAGUGUAACCUUGAAGAUCUUAAAAUGAAAUG